GGAACUGGCGGUCCCUACUCGCAAACGGGACGGGUUUCCUUUUUACGGCACCCUUGGGAUCUCUAUAAGUACCAGAGCUUCGAGUCGAGCCUCGUCCAGAAAUAAAGGAGCGUUUCGUAGCGUGUACGCGUUGAAAUCUCGUAUUCGCCAUGUUCAGAUUUAUUCUCUUCGCCGUCGUGCUCGCUACGGUUAGCGCAGCCCCAACUUUGCCCCCGGUGGCUUCCGCGGGAUCUUCCGAAAUAUCAGCGCCAUCCUCGAGACCCACCACGUCGGAGGAACGUUUCCCAUCAUCGUCGACGAUAGGAUCGACAUCGCCGAUCGCACGACCCCCGUCCUCGUCCGCCAAAGCUCUGAUAUCAGAAAUAAGGACUCCAGCUUCGACGGCGAAACUGACCCAAUGGGUGGCACCACCCUUGGUCUCCCCAAUCGCCGCGGCGCCCAUUCUUUCGCCGAUUCAGGUCUCCCCGUACGCUUACGCGGUACCAGCUCUGGGAUCUCUCGAGCUAGCAGCAGCGCCGUCCACUUACUCGAUCGAACAGCACGGUUAUCGCAUUAUCUACUGACGUCGAGGAUCGUAAAGCAACACCGUCCUGGAUCCCGCGGUAGAUCUACCAACUACGCAGCACCGGCUUCUCACCGUUCACUUUCGUGUAUCGUUCAUCGAUAAAUUCGUUCAAGUAAUCAUUAUCAAGUUUCUUUUUUCCUCUUCCAUGAAAUAAAAACAAUUUUUUCCAUA